CAAUGGCUUUUAAAACGAGCGUCACAAGCAGUCACAGUAUUUAGAAUUAUAUUAUCGUGGUGCUGUGACACCCAGAAAUCCACAGAAAAAGGAAUUUACAACGCUAUAAGUAUCGAUCAUCCGCCUUAAGAUGGAUACAGAAAUUGAUCAGAACUUGGAGCAGAUAACGCGUGAAUAUGUUGACUUUCUGGACGACGUGGAGGAUCGAAAUGUAUACGCCACGCUGGUUAAGAACAUGAUUCAGGAAGAGAAAUACAGACUGGUUGUGAACAUCAAUGAUUUGAGGAGAAAAAAUCCAGCACGCACGACGAGCUUGUUGAAUAAUUCCUUCGAAGAGCAACUGGCAUUUCAGAAUGCUUUGCAACAAUAUAUUUCGAGUGUGGACAUUGACUAUGCCAAGAGCAACAAGGACUUCUUUGUAGCUUUCGAGGGCAGUUUUGGAAACAAGCAUGUCACACCGAGAACACUUACCUCUCGUUACCUGGGUAACCUAGUGUGCAUGGAGGGUAUUGUUACGAAAUGUUCAUUAGUACGACCAAAAGUUGUAAGAAGUGUCCAUUACUGUGACGCAACCAAGACAGUUUUGGAAAGAGCAUAUUCAGAUCUAACGUCCUUGGAGGCUUUUCCUCAUUCCGCUGUUUAUCCCACUACGGAUGAAGAUGGCAACCCGCUUGAAACGGAAUUUGGUUUGUCGACCUACAAAGAUCAUCAGACACUCACUAUACAGGAGAUGCCAGAAAAAUCCCCAGCUGGUCAACUACCGAGAAGCGUGGAUAUAAUUUGCGAUAAUGAUCUAGUAGACAUGUGCAAACCUGGAGAUCGGGUGCAGGUCGUUGGAAACUACCGGUGCCUUCCAGGAAAACAAGGUGGAUACACAACUGGAACUUUCAGGACGGUUUUGAUCGCUAACAAUAUAAUGCAACUGAGUAAGGAAGCCAAUCUUGCAAUCACCCAUGAUGAUGUAACUAUGUGCAAAAAACUGGCGAAGAACAAUCCAUGCAAGAAUAUUUUCGAACUUCUCGCUAAGUCUCUCGCGCCAUCCAUACACGGCAAUGAAUACAUAAAAAAAGCAAUUCUGUGCCUCCUCUUGGGUGGAGUAGAGAAGAUCUUACCAAAUGGUACAAGGCUGAGAGGAGAUAUAAAUGUUUUAUUAAUUGGAGAUCCGUCAGUGGCUAAGUCGCAACUAUUACGUUACGUAUUGUGUACUGCACCACGAGCAAUUCCGACCACUGGAAGAGGAUCUUCCGGUGUUGGUUUAACAGCGGCGGUUACGGUCGAUCAAGAGACCGGCGAGCGAAGAUUGGAAGCAGGUGCAAUGGUUCUGGCGGACCGUGGUGUUAUUUGCAUCGACGAAUUCGACAAAAUGUCGGAUAUCGAUAGAACGGCGAUACAUGAGGUGAUGGAGCAAGGCAGAAUCACGAUCGCCAAGGCGGGCAUUCAUGCCAGCUUGAAUGCACGUUGUUCAGUAUUAGCGGCUGCAAAUCCUGUAUAUGGGAGAUACGAUCAAUAUAAGACUCCUAUGGAAAAUAUUGGCCUACAAGAUUCUCUGUUGUCGCGUUUCGAUCUGCUCUUUGUUAUGCUAGAUAUAAUUGAUUCAGAGCAAGACCAUGUAAUUAGUGAUCACGUCGUCCGAAUGCAUCGAUACAGAAGUCCUCUGGAACAAGACGGAGAGGCUUUAAAUUUAGGCUCGAAGUUGGACAUGUUGACCACAAAGAACCCGGAUGAUGUAGCUACCGAGGAAACACAGUCCCAAGUUUAUCAAAAAUACGAUCCACUUCUACAUGGUCAAACACGUUCUAAAACUGAUCAGAUCCUCACCAUACAGUUCAUGAGAAAAUACAUACACAUUGCAAGAUGCAUGAAGCCCAAGCUCACAGAAGAGGCCAGCGCCGUUAUUGCAGAGGAAUAUUCGAAACUUCGAUCCGAGGAUAUGGUGGAAUCCGAUGUUGCGAGGACUCAACCGGUGACCGCGAGAACUUUGGAAACGCUGAUUCGAUUGUCCACGGCUCACGCAAAAGCACGACUUUCGAAGAAUGUGGAGAGCGAGGAUGCACGCGCCGCGAUAGAGCUUGUACAGUUCGCCUACUUUAAACGCGUGUUGGAGAAAGAAAAAAGGAAGCGGCGACGUCACGAUAGUAAUGCGUCGGAAAGUGCGGAUGAAAUAGAAGAGGGCAGACAGGCAAAGCGCUCGAAAAAAACGGGAGACUCGGGUGAAGUCGAUCCGUACGAAUACGACAGUGACGACGAACAUAUCGAGCAAGCGACCAGAAGAGUAACCAGAGCACAUUCACAAAAGGCUAGCACGUCGGACAGCGGUCAUCGCACAGAAACCGAAGCCCCAGAAUCCGGACCUUCUGCUCACUCGUUGGAUAGUGGUCACCGCACAGGAACUGAAGCUCCGGAAUCCGGAGCUUCCGUUGAAACAGCGACGCCGACGAUCACACAGGAAAGACUUACGGUCUUCAAAUCAUCACUUAACAAAUUAUUCCAAGAACGGAGGGCUCAGAAUAUUCUAAAAACAGAAGUCGUCGAUUAUUUGAACACAACGCUUUCUUUGAACUUCACAACCGACGAGAUUAACGCCGCUAUCAAUACUAUGACCGAGGCAAAUCAGGUUAUGGCUGUGGAAGACUACAUCUACCUGAUAUAAAACAUUUUUGUAAUAUUUCGUUAUAUUUUAAACGUUGACCGAACUAAAUGAUAUUUUUAAACCUUUAAUUUAUCAGAAUGUAAAGCUCCUGAUCACUGGCUGCAGUUAUAUUAAACUAUGAAAACGAAAAGUCAUUCAUUAUAGCUACAAUGAAUAAUUAGUUAUUAGUUUUCAUAAUGUAAACGAGUUUUCGAAAGAAAUAUUUUUUUAUACCAUUUGUAAUGUUAGCGAUCGAGUAAUGAAAAAAGUUGUACACGUUUACGAAUAAUGAUAUCUAACAACAUUUA